AUGUUCGGCAAAAUGUUUCCAAUGCUUAGUGGAGAAGUAAAAAAAGAGCCGCCUCUCAAAAUUGACCGAGUUGAACAAUCAGCGAUAGUGCAAUUAUUAACAAAGCAGAGACCAGAGGCGAUACCGGCCCCAAACAAACCCAUCACGGUUGCUAUCAUUGGAGCUGGAAUGAGAGGGAAAGGUUACGCGUAUUAUGCUUUGGAGAAUCGUAAAUGGAUGCGGGUGGUCGCAGUAGCUGAGCCCGUGAAUGCUCGUAGACAACGUCUGGCAGAGGAUCAUCAUAUUCCCAACGAACACGUCUUCGAAGAUUGGAGAGAGUUGGCAAGGCUCCCGAAAUUUUGUGAUGCCGUUGUUAUCUGCACUCUGGAUAGUCAGCAUUUCGAACCAGCCAUCGCCUUUGCAGAUUUAAAAUAUCAUAUUCUUCUUGAAAAACCAAUGGCACCUAGUCUGCAAGAAUGUUAUGAAAUCACGAGAGCUGCUUUGAGAAAUCAAGUUGUAUUCACUAUUGCUCAUGUGCUCAGAUAUACGGCACAUAACCGGGUAAUAAACCAGAUGAUCGAUUCUGGCGUAUUAGGGGAUAUCAUCAAUAUCCAACAUGUGGAGCCAGUUGGAUUUUGGCAUUUUGCACACUCUUACGUUAGGGGCAACUGGAGGAAGGAGAGCGAGUCCAGUUUCUCAUUAAUGACAAAGUCAUGCCAUGAUAUUGAUCUAAUCGCUCAGUGGAUGCAUUCGCCAUGUGUGCGAAUAAGCUCUUUUGGCAAUCUCACUCACUUUAAACGGGAAAACAAACCCGAGGAAGCUGGAAAAGCAACUCGAUGCCUAGAGUGCGCACAUGAAAAGAAUUGUCAAUAUUCAGCGAAAUCCAUCUACUUGGAUCCUGCAUCAAGGGGCCAAAAAAUGUGGCCAAUUUCGGUUCUUGCUGACGUUGUUGACAUUGAAAGUGUGGAUAAAGCGCUUCGUGAAGGUCCAUAUGGCCGCUGUGUUUACGAAUGUGAUAAUGAUGUAGUUGAUCAUCAGGUUGUUAACAUGGAGUUUGCCAGCGGCGCAACUGCAUCUUGUACUAUGGUUGCAUUCACAAAGUCUGUAUGCGUUCGAGAGACAAAAAUAUUCGGCACUAAAGGCCAACUUGACUGUGAUGGUAUGGAUAGCAUUCGGUUCGAUGAUUUCGUAACCGGUACUCGCGAAGUCUUAACGCCAAGCAAAAUUACUGGAAUGUUUGAUAUGCGAGGACAUGGUGGAGGUGAUAUUGCCCUAGUUGAGGCCUUUCUAAAGGAGAUCGCGACAGUAUCUACACGUGAUGGUGCCACUGAAGCAUUCAAUUCGCAUCUGUAUGUAUUUGCUGCUGAGCACGCAAGAAGAACGGGGCAAGUUGUGAAUAUUGAACAAUUCAAACAACAGCAUCAAAUUAAUAUAUAA